AUGGAUUUCACAAAGCCCGAAACAGUUCUUGAUUUGAACAACAUCCGUCAAGCCUUGGUAAGGAUGGAGGAUUCGAUUGUAUUUGAUCUCAUUGAGCGGUCGCAAUUCUUCUCGUCGCCAUCUGUUUACGAGCCCAACAAGUUCAAGAUUCCCAACUUUAACGGCUCGUUCUUGGACUGGGCUCUUUUACAGAUGGAAAGGGCACAUUCGCAGAUCAGAAGAUACGAAGCGCCCGACGAAACUCCCUUCUUUCCUAACGAUCUUUUGCCCACUAUUCUUCCAUCGAUUAACUACCCCAAGAUCUUGGCAAAUUAUGCUGACGAAAUCAACGUUAACGACAACAUCAAGAAGUUCUACGUUGAAGAGAUUGUGCCGCAGAUCAGCUGUAAAGAAGGAGAGCAACAGGAGAACUUGGGUUCGGUUCUGACUCAGGACAUCGAGUGCUUACAGGCUAUAUCCAGAAGAAUCCAUUUUGGGAAGUUUGUAGCCGAAGCCAAGUACCAGAACGACAAGCCUUUAUACAUCAAGUUGAUCAAGGAAGCUGAUGUGGACGGCAUCGAGGCAUCCAUCACAAACAGCGCCGUAGAGCAGAAGAUCCUCGAGAGAUUGGUGAUCAAGGCUGAGAGCUACGGUGUGGACCCUUCCUUGAGAUACAGCCAAAAUCCGCAGAGUAAAAUCAAUCCACAGGUCAUUGCCAAGUUGUACAAGGAUUGGAUCAUUCCCUUAACCAAGAAGGUAGAAAUUGACUACUUGUUGAGAAGACUAGAGGACGAGGACCAGAGCCAGAUUGAAAAAUACGUCUAGAUUGGGCAGCCGCACUGGAAGGUUAUCCUCGGAUAGAGGGUCGGUGAGAGCAACUAAUUUCAUGUCGGCGAACGAUGCCUGCGAGACUAGAAAUAAGGCACACGCCAUAGGGCUGGGUCGGUAAUAUACCGACAUGACAUCAUCAUAGAGUGCAAAUUCAUGUUUAGUAUGAGCAGCGUUAAUCUACAAGUAAUAAUAGAAAUAAUAGACAAGACAAACCAAGCGCAGCAGCAAAUAGCAGCUCAACAAUAUUUAGGGAUCAUCGUCGAUAUUUUCUGUAAUUGCGAAUUAUGCAAUUAGACGGCUAUGCUGAUAAGUACUCAUUUGCUUUGUUAAUGUAAUUUGCUAUUUUCGAAAUUGUAAUAUUUGUCAUUGCCAGUAAUUCAGCUGUAUUGUGUCGAGCACUACAGUGAUACAGUUCUGCUACACUGCUACACUGCUACAUGCUACACUGCUACAUGCUACAACUCUGUUACGUGUCACAAUGCUAACACAAUGCCAGCGCUACUCCUUAAUUUACACUCCUUAAUUUGCACUCCUUUAUUUAGCAACUGGGGUUUGUGACGGUUCGCCGGUUUGUGUUGGGUUUGUGGAGUUUUCACUUGAGGUUGAUAAAUUGCCUUCUCGUGCAUUGCCUAAUCCAUACUAUUCCCCGAUUUGGU